AUGAGCCUCAGGAAGACUCGUCCAACCAUUGAGCUGAUCCUCUCGCACCUCCUCCACCAUCUGACCAGCCUUUCCCUUCCCUUCAGGGCCUUCACGCGAAUCCUGUGUUCCUGCUGCCCGCGACGCUGCAGGAAGCGCUACCAGACCAGGUGGAAAGGCGGGAUAGCACAGAUCAUCGUCACGCCCGUGGUCUCCACCCUCAACACCUCCUUCAUGAAGGCCGGCCAGCGCCCCUACCCGCCCGGACCCUACUCGCCCGUGGCGCCGGCACUCGCCACCGCCCUCGUCGCGGCCACCUCGCCGCCCUCGUCGUCAUCGUAAGGAGUGCGGUGACCGCCUGCCCGCCUCCGGCGUCCUGCACACGUGUUUCAUCGUCUCUCAUCUCCCACGUCAACAAUCGUCGGGCACACACUCACAGAUACACACACACACACACACACACACACACACAC